UCAACGGUGCACCACCAAGCUCCCGAGGUCCCAGGAAGACCCCUCCCUCGUUCGCAUACAACUCGCAUGAUCUCAAUUACGUAUACCUAGACCAUUGGAUACUACUUCCUUAUGGUCAAUAUGGAAGUGAGAAUAUAGGUAUAGGCUGGCGUGUUCCAUAUCUCCAACAAGGAUUGUCUUCACCGACUACCAAGAAACCAAACUCAGUUGUAGAAACAUGACCUCCCAAUCCGACUGGAAGGCGUCGCUUACAUCAGCCAACCGCUACGAUACCAUACAAGCCAUAAAAGAUGCGCUUUGUGAGAUAGGCGUCCCGGCUGCCGACGCACAAAAGAAUGCCUUCUCUAUUGAGAACGAGGCAUAUAAGACAUCUACAUCACAAAAUGAGUAUGAUUCUGCCUGCCGAGUUGGGCCGCAACUAGGCUAUGCAAACUCACAAGAGGGAGCGGAUGAACCCCAGCCCACAACAGAAACAACAGAAACUCCGGGUAUCAGGAUAGGGUCCUACCAAGACUGUCAACAUAUCGAUGAUGGAGUGACUGCCGAGGUGUACAAGUCGAAAACGGUAGCCUUGAAAGUGAUUGUGCAGACUCGGAACAUUGAGCCGCAUGACCCGUUUCGAGAGGCUAAAAUUCUCAAACUACUCAAGAAACCAUGCAUCCCAUUGCUAGAUACCUUCCGAGAUCAGGAACAGCGCUUUGUUCUUGUCUUCCCGUAUAUGCCAGUAAGCCUUGACAGCCUUAUCGCACGUGGUCCGAUCUCUAGGGAACGCAUAAUAAGCCACUUUCGCGAUAUUUUUACAGCUCUUCAAUAUUUGCACGACCAGGGUAUAAUACACAGGGACGUGAAGCCCUCUGCAGUCCUACUCGAGUCGCCCGACGGGCCUGCCUACCUUUCCGAUUUUGGCACGGCAUGGCACCCCGAAUUAUCAGUAUACACAGAACCUGCGGAUCAGAAAGUUCUUGACAUCGGCACGGGGUCAUAUCGUUCACCGGAAGCACUGUUUGGAAAUAGGGCAUAUGAUACAGGCGUCGAUAUGUGGGCAGCCGGUGCUAUGCUUGCGGAAUGCUGUCGAACACCUUCCAAACCGCUCUUCGAAUCGCGACCGGCGCAUGAAGACGGCAACCAGCUGGGUUUAAUAUUGAGUAUCUUCAAGACGAUUGGCAGCCCGACUCGUGAGACAUGGGCGGAGGCUGCCAGUUUCAAGACACCGCCCUUCGACAUGUAUCGAACAUUUGAGGGACGAAAAUGGGAGGAUCUAUUACCGGGUGUAGACCCUGGGUUUCGAGAUAUUGUAAUAUCUCUUGUAAAAUACAGCAGCAACUCGAGGGCUUCUGCCUCCCAGGUAGUGCAUCACGAAUGUUUCUCUGCGGGGCAAAUCUAG